AUGAAUAUUGUUUUACUAAUUUUUGAAUUCACUAUUCAAAUUUCAUAUUCUCAGGAAGCUAAUUGUUAAAAUUUAACAAUGAUCCCAAAUACUACUUAUUAUGCUAAUUAGUUUGAUCGUUAUAUACUAGAAGGAGAGGAAGAGGAUUAUAUAAAUAUUAAUAAGAUUGAUUAAGAAAUUUUAGAAAGAUAGUUUAUUAUACCAUAUGAGGAAGAGCCAAUUUAAAUAAAAAUUAUUAACUCUAUUGAAGAAGAAAAAAUUGAAGAAAAAUUGAUAUGUUCCUUAUUUCUUACAUCCUAAUAUAUUAUUAGAUGUAUCAAAUUCGAAUCGAUCUAUUUUUCCAAAAAUAAUAGUUUUGUUGAAAAAAUUAAAUUAGAAACAAAUAUUUCAUCUUAAGAAAUAUGUGAUGAAAUGCAUUUUUAAAAUGAUGGAUUCAUACUUUUAUGUUCUAAAAAUAACUUUUUAAUUAAAUACCAUAUAACACUUUUAAAUUAAAUAAAGAUAGAUUUGGUGUAUGAUGUAUCAAGUUAAAUUUAAGAUAGAUGUAAAAAAUAAUAAUUUUGUAUGUAAAAUAACUAAAUUUUUAUCAUGUAUUAUUAAUGCUCAAAAUGGUUGAUACUUUAAAUGGAUAAAUAGUAAUUUUAUGUCAUUUUAGAAUAUAAUAUGAUAGAAGAAUAUCCUUCAAUUUCAUAAUUCUCAUUCAUUUAUGAUAUUUCAUUUUGUCUAAAAUAAAAAAUAAUUUUUUUCUUCCUGAUCGAAAAAAAUUAAUAUAUUAAUCUUAUUUACAAUAUUCCUAAUUAUUUUAAAUAUAUUUAAUUUGAAAAGUAUGAAAGGGAGCUUUAAAAAAUUGUAGCAGAUUAUUCUUGUAUUCAUACCAUUAUGAUAUUAAAAAUAGAUGAACCUAAUAAUAAUUUUAAUGAAUAUCAAAUAGCAGAGAUAGGCUUGUAAGAAUACUAUAAGACAAAGGAUAUACAUUAUCACUCAGAUUUUAUCUUUUUAUAAAAUAAAACUCAAUUAACAAUAUUGAUUGAUCUUAAUCUAAACAAGACUUACAAUAUUUUAGAUACCCAAUUAACUUUUUUCAGAUAAUAUAAUUUAUUUUUCUAAAUUGAUAGUUAUAAUAAAGUUCUUCAAUUUUAUAGAUACUUUCCAUUAAACACUUUUAUAAAACCUAAACUUAAGUAUUUAUUUCUCAUUUCCAAAUCAUCCUUUAAUAAAAAUCUUGUUGUGUGUUAUAAAAUCUAAUAUGAAAAUAAAAACUAAGUUCAAAUUUAAAAUUAGAUCAUGGUUCCUAUAUAAAUAACUUGUUAAAAAAUAUAAUAAUUUUUUUAUCCAUAAAAACAAUUUAUAUCAUUAGAAUACUUCUCAUAUCCUUUAUUUAAAAAAGAAAUUAACAUGUUAAAUGUAAGUAUUUGGAAUAAUCAAAAAUUUGACUUAAUUUGUUAUAAAAAUUUUAUGAAUCAACAUAAUUUUGCUGAUAUAUAUUUGAAAUAAAUAGUAAUGAAUAAUUAUCUUUACCUAAUAACAAAGAGUCUCCUUUUUAUUUUUGAUUGUUAAAAUAAUUAGAUUUUAACAAAAAUAAAUAUCAAUUAAAUAACAGUAUUUUAAUAUGGUGAUGAAUUUUACCUAUAUGGUUAAGAUAAUAAUACUAUCAAAGUAAUAUAAAUUUUACCUGGAGAAAUUUCAGCUUCAUAAAUAAAUUUUAAUAAGAAAAUAUAAAGGAUUAAAUAAAUUUAAUCUCAUUUAAUAAUUAACAUUAAAAAUCAAAAAUUACCUCUAUUACUAGAAAUAUUAACAAAACAACUAUUUUAAUUAUCCAAUAAUCUAUAUUAAAAUGAAGAGAUUCUGUAUUACUAAAAAAUAGGGGAUUUUUAUUUUAUACAUUAUCCCAAUGUUUUUAUUUUGGAACUUAAGUAAAAUGUCAAAUGUUUUAAAUUGCAAGAAGUUCAUGUAUUUUACAUAUCCACUUGGGUAGUAUCGAUCUAAUUUUAAAUAUUUGCUGUAAAAAAUCAAACUAAUACAAUUAUGAUUUAUUAUUUAGAUUAAUUUCAGAUACUUGAAAUGUCAAAUUUUACUUUUUCAAAUUAUAAUCUCUCAUAUCCGCUUUAAUACAUUACUUCUAUAUCUUACUUUGUUAUUCUGGUAGAAAAAAACAACUUUUAAUAUUUAGCUAUACUUUAUCGUUAUUAAAAUAGCUUAAUAUUAAAUGAUAUUAUCUAAACUGCUAGCACAAAUUUUAUAUUUUACUAGAAUACUCUUUUGUAUUAUGAUGUUAAUAAAGUAUUAAGAUAAAAAUAUCUGUUUAAUCUUGUUUUAGAAGUACAGAUUUAAUAGAUUUGGCAUGAAUUCUUUACAUCUUAUGAAAUGGAGUUAACAUUGUUUGAAAAAGAAGAGAAUUAUACAUCGUAUUAAAAUUUUUAACUUUUAAUUCAGAACACUUGUUAAAAUUUAUAUUCAAAAUAAUAGAAAAUUGAAAUCAAUUUGAUUUAAGGUUAAAAAUUUUAAGUGAAACUUUAGAAUUAUUUUUUUGGUCCAAUUAAUUAUGUUACUUUACAAAAUUUAUAAACUAAAUUAAAAGGCCCUUUAUAAUUCAACUUAAAAAUUUCUGAUUGUACUGAUGACACUUCCUUUUUUUGUUUUCGUUAAUAUUAUUCUGAAAGCGAAAAAAAUAUGAAAACUUUACAUUUUACUGCGUUGAUUUUAUAAAACUAGAUCAUUUUAAAAAAUUUACAUAAAUUUAUUUCAACUUAAGUUUUAGAUUCAUUCUGGAUAAUGGAUUCUAAUUAUUUAUUAAUUAUAGAUUUUGAUGGAUCUUUACAAUUUUCAUUAAUUACAUUAUCAAAUGAAACAUUUUUUGAAAUUUCUAAUUUGAUCACUUAAAUUUAAGUUUCUCAAAUUGAUAAAAAAAUUAUUAAAAUAGGAAAUUUAAUCCUCAUUAAAGAUUCGAAUUAUAACCUUUAUUGGGUUUAAAAUUUAACAAUUAUUAAACUCUAAAUUUCUGAUAAUUUCUUAGAUUUAUUGUAUAUUGAAAAUUCAUCUGAUCUUUAUGUAUCUUUAAUAAGACUUUAUAUUGAACAUAAUUUCGAUAUUGAAUUAAAAAUUUAUACAAUGAGUUUAAAAGAAUACAAAAUUAUAUACAACAGAAUAAUCACUUAAGAAUUAAAUAUACUAUUUUCCUAAUAUUUUUUGUAUACUUCAGAUAAGCUAUAGGAUUUUAUAGAGCUCUAAUUGGUUUAAUGUAAAAUUGAAUCAAAUACAAUUAUUAUGGAAAUUUAUUUUCUCUUUAAAUAGUUUUCUUUUUUGACCAAAUUUUAAAUCGAUAUUUUGAAUGAUUCAAUUUCUUAUUUUUAAUUGAUAAAGCAAAUUAGAAAUCAUGGUGAUAAUUAUUACUCUUAAAUGAAAAUUCAUUAUUUAGAUGAUAAUUUUUUGGUUUUGAAAUAAUUAGAUCCUUAAUUUUUCUUUCUAUAUGAUUUAAGAUAAGAUAUAUAAUUUUUAGAUUAUAUUUAAAAUAUAUCAUAAGAAGUGUAAAUAUAAAGAAUCAAUAAUACUCAUUAUAUUUUUACGAAUCAAUAAGAUGCUCAUUUAGGAAUGUUUGGGUAUGAAAUUGAAUUUGAAAAUUCUUAUGAAGGUGAAUACUCCAUUGUCUUAUAGGCAGAAAAUUCAAUAUCAUCAGCUGAAUUUCAUUUAUAGAUAACAAUUAAUUAAAGUAAAUUUAAUUAUCAAAGUACUAUUGUAAUUUAGUUAUUGUUCAAUAUGUUGUUUAUAAUAAUUUAUAUCAAUAAAUAUCAAUAAAAGAGAAAUAGGGCAAAAUAAAUUAAUAGAGUUGUCGAAUGA